AGGCGAAAAACAGUGGACUUAGAACGCUAUGCUUUGCCAGUCUUUGACAUACUCACUAUAAAGAGUAACACGAGUAACUUAAGACACAGAUAAAGUCUUACAUUUUUAGUUAACUUCAACGUUAAAUAGUUCAAGAAUUAAAUUUAAUUUCAUUUCAAUUUGUCUUUGAUUAAUUUUCAUCAAUUUAAAAUCAUUGAAAUUUAAAUACGUGUGUAAAAUUGAACUGUGUACAUUUUUUUCAUCAACGUAUCAAGAAAAAGGACUCAAAUUUAUUUUUAAAAAAGAAGACAAGAAAUCAAAUUAUAAUGGCGGAAACAAAGAUGAACGAUAUACCAGACAGAAUACAAGAAACAUUUCAAAAUCAAAAUAUUUUUAUAACAGGUGGAACUGGUUUUUUGGGAAAAGUAUUGCUAGAAAGAUUUUUACGUUGUUUUCCAGGAAUAAUGCAAAUUUUUAUACUAGUUAGACCAAAAAAGGGCAAGGAACCUAAAGAACGUUUGGAAGAAAUCUUCAAAUUACCGAUAUUCGAUAAAGUUCGUGAACAAAGAGGAUUGGAAACAAUGUAUAAGGUGGUAACACCAAUAGUAGGAGACGUAAUGUUUCCAGGACUUGGUAUUUCAGCAGAAGAUAAAAAAAUAUUAAUUGACAAAGUUACCAUCGUUUAUCAUGCAGCAGCAACCGUCAGAUUCGACGAGAUGUUGAAAAAAGCGGUACUGUUGAAUACACGUGGUACACUACAAAUGGUGGAAUUGGCAAAAGAAAUGAAGAAAUUAAUAUUUUUCGGUUACAUCGGUACUUCAUAUUGUCAUCUCGAAGAAAAAUUAUUAGAAGAAAAAUUUUAUCCACCACCUGCGGAUCCUCAUAAGAUAAUAAAAUGCGUCGAAUGGAUGGACGAUGAAGUUGUUUCGGCUAUAACAAAAAAAAUCUUAGGUAAAAUACCAAAUACCUAUGCCUUUACUAAGGCUUUGUCUGAAAGGAUUAUUGAAGAAGCUAUGCCAUAUAUUCCAGCGGUUAUUUUAAGACCAAGUGUUGUAAUACCUGUUUGGAAAGAACCAUUACCAGGUUGGACAGAUAACAUUAAUGGGCCGACAGGUAUUCUAAUAGGAGCUGGAAAAGGAGUAAUUAGGAGCAUGUAUUGCAAUGAAAAUGGUUAUGCUGAUUAUCUUCCUGUUGAUGUAUUAGUAAAUGCAAUUCUUGCUUGCACGUGGAAUUUUGUUUACUGUAAAGAUCGUGAUAAAAGAAUAUACAAUCUUACUAGCAGUAGCGAUUUCAAAGUUUCAUGGAGGGAAGUAAUAGAAAUUGGACGUCGUGUAAUAGAAAAAGUACCUUUAAAUGGAGUAGUUUGGUACCCAGGAGGUAGUAUGAAAAAAUCACGUCUUUACCAUGACAUCUCCGUGUUUCUAUUCCAUACGAUUCCUGCUUAUAUUAUUGAUACAAUUUUAUAUCUUGCCCGUUAUGAGCCAAUCAUGUGUCGAGUUCAACGUCGCAUACAAAAAGGAUUUGAAGUGUUCGAAUACUAUGCCAAUAAUCAAUGGGAUUUUAUUAAUGCAAAUAUAAAAGAAGUUACGAAUAAAUUAAAUGCAAAAGAAUAUGACACAUACUAUUUGCACGGAAAUGACAUGGACACGUACAAAUAUUUUGAAGAUUGCGUACGUGCUGCAAGAAUUUAUAUUUUAAAUGAACCUGCCGAAACUUUGCCAGCAGCUCGUCGACAUAUCAGAAUGAUGUAUUGGUUAGACAUAUUUACGAAGACUCUUUUUAUUGGAUUGACAAUCUACCUGCUGUUUUCAUGGAUUGGUGGUUUUGAAACAUUUUUUGAAAGUAGCUGGACUAGUGCAAAAAAGAUAUUACAUUUCUAAUUAGACAAAUUCAUGGUUUUAUAAUUAUUUUUUUACUGUUUUGUAUUAUAAUGAGACCAAAAUAAAAAUUCUAUGUUAUA